CGCGCUUCCUGUCGCCUGUCGGUUCUCCUUUCCUUGCUAUUUAUAUAUCCCCGUCCGUCCGCCCUCUCUCAGCAGGUGCAGCAAGGCAUUUAUUUCAGCAAACACCUCAUUUACCUUCGCCGCCCUGUCUCCGCCUCCUCCGUUCCACCACCUCCACUGGUCGCAUUGCCGCUGUUAUCGACAGAUUUUAAGAAAGCAGCGAAGAAGAUGAGAUUGAUGGAAGACGAGUUGUUUCCGUCGACGCCUGGGAAGUUUAAGAUCGAGCGGGCGCACACCAUCAAUCGCCAGUUCCACAGAUGCUUCGCAUCGACGAGCACCAUGUUCCUGUGGGCGUUGUUCUUGAUUGCGCUCACGGCGUCGUACCUUAGUUUCCAGAGCUUCGUCGACACCUCCUCCCGCUACUUUAAUGCGUCGUGGGGCGGGAUGCACUGGGAGAAGCAGAUCCGGGCCUCCGCCACCCCUCGACGCCCCGGCGGCGUCUCCGUGCUCGUCACGGGCGCCGCAGGCUUCGUCGGGACGCACGUGUCCCUCGCCCUCCGCAAACGCGGCGACGGCGUCGUCGGGCUGGACAACUUCAAUAGCUACUAUGACCCGUCGCUGAAGAAGGCCCGCAAGGCGCUGCUGACCUCCCACGGCGUGUUCGUUGUGGAGGGGGACAUCAACGAUGCCCGCCUCCUCGCCAAGCUCUUUGACGUCGUGCCCUUCACCCACGUGAUGCACCUCGCGGCCCAGGCCGGCGUGCGCUACGCCAUCGAGAACCCGGCGUCGUACGUCCACAGCAACAUUGCGGGGCUCGUCACGCUGCUCGAGGCGUGCAAGUCUGCGGACCCGCAGCCGGCGAUCGUGUGGGCGUCGUCUUCGUCGGUGUACGGCCUCAAUGAGAAGGCGCCCUUCUCGGAGGCGGACCGCACCGAUCGCCCAGCCUCCCUCUACGCGGCCACGAAGAAGGCCGGCGAGGAGAUCACCCACACCUACAACCACAUCUACGGCCUCUCCAUCACGGGGCUCCGCUUCUUCACCGUCUACGGGCCCUGGGGCCGCCCCGACAUGGCCUACUUCUCCUUCACCCGCAACAUCCUCCAGGGGAAGCCCAUCACCGUCUACCGCGGCAAGAACCACGUCGACCUCGCCCGCGACUUCACUUACAUCGACGACAUCGUCAAGGGCUGCGUCGCCUCCCUCGACACCGCGCAGAAGAGCACCGGGAGCGGCGGCCGGAAGCGUGGCCCCGCCCAGUACCGCAUCUUCAACCUGGGGAACACCUCGCCCGUGACGGUGCCGGCGCUGGUGGGCAUCCUAGAGCGCCACCUCAAAGUCAAGGCGAAGCGCCACGUGGUGGAGAUGCCGGGCAACGGGGAUGUGCCCUUCACCCACGCCAACAUCAGCUCCGCUCGCACCGAGCUCGGCUACAACCCCACCACCAACCUCGAGGCCGGCCUGAAGAAGUUCGUCAAGUGGUACCUCUCCUACUACGGCUACAACCCCAGAAGUGGCGGCGGAGCAACGAAAGCAUCCAAGAGCUUGGACAGAAAAGGGAGAAAAUAAGUCGAGAAAAAGCAGAAAGCAACAACAGCUGUGGAUCGCCUCUGCUCUUUGCUCUUUCCGAAGUCUCUCUCUCUCUCUCUCUUUCUCUCUCUCUCUCAAGUUUGUAUUUGCCCUGUUUAUAAUAUUCAUGAUAAUAAUUCCCGUUAAAUAAAAGUGAAUCGGUGUACGUUUCAUU